AUGAUUCAGGCAGGAAAUCUACAGAUAUACUGGCAUGAAUCACAGCCAAUUUACAGUCUUACCUUUCAACCUCUAGCAUCGAAUAAAAAACUGUUCACUGCUGGUGGUGACAAUAAGAUUAGAAUUUGGUCAUUGAAUUUUAAUGACGACCGUUCUAAGAUUGAAUCUAUUGAUUUUUUAUCCUCUUUGACUCAACACGAACAAGCUGUUAACGUUGUGAGAUUCAAUUCAUUGGGAAAUAUAUUGGCUUCUGCAGGUGACGAUGGUCAAUUGCUUUUAUGGAGAUUGGAUGAUGAAACAGUCUCUAAUAAUGGUGUCAAUAAGGAAAAUAAUAUCUUGCUGGCAAGUGAUGAAGAUUCUGAAAAUUUCAAGGAAUCUUGGUACGUAUGGAAAAGAUUACGUUCUAAUUCCGCUUCAAUAUCAGAAAUUUACGAUAUUUGUUGGUCUCCAGAUGAUAGAUAUAUCGUUGCUGCUUCAAUGGAUAAUUCAAUUCGCAUAUUUGAUGUAGAUUCAACAAAACAAAUUUUCGCUACAAAUGAUCAUAAUCAUUACGUCCAAGGUGUUAGCUGGGAUCCUUUAAAUAAAUAUAUCUUCUCUUUAUCUGCUGAUAGAUCAUUAGCGAUAUACGAAAUUAUAUUUGAUCCAAAUGAUCCAGUAUUAAUUACUAAUUUGAAAUUGAAAAACAGAAUAUCAAAAGGUGACUUACCGCAAUUAGAUGAGAAUGGAACUUUAAAUCAUGAAAUCGUGAAAUCAUCAUAUUUGUUCCAUAAUGAAACUUUACCAUCAUUUUUUAGAAGAUUAGCCAUAUCUCCUUGUGGUAAUCUAUUAUGUGUCCCAUCAGGUAUAUUUAGAAGUAAUACACAACAACCACCUUCCUCAUCUACUUCUUCAACAACUGAUGGUAAUCCUACCACUGGUACUAACAGUAGCAUUUCCACUAACAAUAAUAACAGUGAGUUUGCAAAUGCAGUUUACAUUUAUACAAGAUCGUCUAUAAACGAUAAUAGCAACAGACCUGUCCUUCGUUUGCCAUUUUUGAACAAACCUGCAAUCGUAAUAUCGUUUAAUCCAAACUUUUAUCAAUUGUCAAGUUCUAAUGAUACAUAUUGUAAGCUUCCCUAUAAAUUGGUAUUUGCAGUCGCCACUUCAAAUGAGGUUCUAAUAUAUGACACAGAAUCUGUAAAACCUAUUGCCGUUAUUGGCAAUUUACAUUAUACUCCAUUAACAGAUCUAUCGUGGUCAAAAGAUGGAGAGGUACUUAUAGUGUCAUCAACAGAUGGUUUCGUUUCCUAUGUUUCAAUGUCAUCGGAUGCAUUUGGAGAUAAAUUGGAAGAUGAAAAGAUUGCAGAAUUUACUAAGCCAGAAAAUGAAAUUAAGUCAUACAAAGCAGAAACUAAUACUAAUUCAAGUAUAGCUCAGAAUAAAAAUGAAAUUGUUCAUAUUUUACAGGUGAAGAGGAAACAAAAGGGCUCGCCUGUAAAAGAUGCCAAGAAGACUAAAGUGUCAGAAACUUCAAAGUCUAAUACAACUUCACCAGUUAAAGAUAAGAGAAGAGUUCAACCAAUUUUGAUAGAUUUUAAUUCAGGAAAAGAAUCUAAGAAAGAGGAAGACAAAGGGGAGACAAAAGAGGUUGUUAAAAUUGAUACCAAUAUUUCAAGUUCGGAUGAAGAAGGCGAUGAGAAGGCUUUACAUUCCAGGAUAAAUAGUGAGGACUGUGAAUCUAGAAUUAAAUCAGAGAAGGAGGUAAUAAAAAGUUUACCUUCACCAACUCCAGAAACCUCUACGGCUUCUGAUAACAUAAUUGGGGAAGCCACUGAGGCUAGCACAGAUGUAACGAUAAUUAAUUCGCCUAUUAAAAAUCCAAAAGAUACACCACCUUCAUAA